AUGCAAGAAACCAACGUGAAGGACCCCAGACUCUCCGCAUACAACUACUUCCACAACCCUGCGAUCGAACGGAAAUAUACAAAGACCGGCCCUCCUGAUGCACGAGGACUGGCCACCGUCUACCUCAAGGGGACCGUACCACAUGCCCAAAUUGAUACGCAGAAAUGGUGCACACCAGACCAGGAAGUCACUGCGGUGCGCACACUCAUAGACAACCAUAAGCUCAUCCUCGUGUCGGCGUACGUCCGCCCUACCGCCGAAGACCCCAACUUCAGUUGGAUAGAAGAGUUACGAACGGUCUACCCAGACGAUAGGAUGGUCAUAGGCGGCGAUUUUAAUGCGCACCACCGGGAGUGGGGCUACGACGACGAUGACCAGAGAGGGGCCAGAUCACUAGAAGCUUACGAGAAGGCGGGUCUCGAGCUCGCGAACGACACGCAUGAAAAGACGAGAGUAGGCACCUCGGCCAACCAGCAGGACACCAACCCCGACCUAACCUUAGUGGACUCAAGAAUCGAGGGGAUGGAGUGGUCGGUGUUCCCCGACGCGUGGGGCAGCGACCACUACCCCAUAGAAAUAUCGAUCCGUAUCAAGAACAGGGCCAAGGCCAAGAAAACUGUGGUCACAGUCCUCUGGGACAAAUUCAGAGCCCUUUUACGCGCCCAAAUUGACGAAAACGACAUGUCGACAAAACUCUGCGCCUUGCUAGUAGCCUCCACGAGGGAAGCCUCGACCAAGAAGGAGGUGAACUGGGACUGCCCCACACCGGACACCCACCUCCUAUCCCUGUGGGACCACCGCACGCGCAAACUCACAGAGUACAGAAAAACCAAAGACCGGAACACACUGAAGGAAGUGAACAGAAUCACCGCCGAAGCAGAGGAAUAUGCACGAAAGCUCAGAAUGAACGAGUGGCUCGACCAUUGCGCUUCCUUUGACCAGCGUACGUCGAUACGCAAGCUGUGGCGCACCUUCCGAGGCAUGCUCGGUAUCACCAAGGUCCGCAACAAGAUAGAAAACAUGGCCCUAGCCCUGGACAAGCCCUUCGAGGACGUACUUGAAGACAUGGGAAAAGCCUUCUUCCCCCAACCCUCGACGACCCCGAAUGCAGCAAUCUAUACUCUAGAACAAGCACCGAAAGACCCCCCUCCCAUUCCCAAAGAGACCGGACUCUCCCCGUCACCAGACAAAACCAGAUACAUGAUAUUUACCCGCAAAGGCCACCCAACUCACGACUUGACCUUCGGUGGUCUCCCCAUCGCCCAAGCAGAGACGCACAAGAUCCUGGGAGUGUUCUUCAACCAACGAAAGUCCCCCAAAGAAUGGCUAACCAGGAUGGCCAAGAUUUGGAAACAGGGCACGGCACUGGUCCGCCGCAUCGCCCAAAAGACCGGUGGUGCGAGCGAGGAGGUGGCCAAGACCCUGAUACGGGCCGUGCUAGCUUCCAAGGUACUUUACGGAGCAAACUACUACAAGUUGAAUAAGAGUCACUGGCGAGCAAUUGAAAGAUGGCAGAAUGACGCCCGAAGAACUAUUGCGGGCUUACCGAGACACACCAAACUGGAGGAGCUACACAGGUGCGUUCCCCUUCCCAAACUACAGGACUUAGCCAAGGACCAGCACGAACUGCACCUCGUCUCACUGCAACACACUAGACAGGGCAGGGCCAUACUACGACUCCUGCGACAAGACGUGUCCACGCUUCCUAAACUCGGCCGCCCAAUCCCCCCGUGGGAAAUAGCAGACGUGGCCUCCAGCACACCUAUACCGCGGAAUAUGGGCCUGGACCAACCGGAACGGCGCCGGGACUACGCCCAAAAGCACCUGACCGUCGUAACCACGAAACUGGAAGACCCCACCACCAUCGUGCUGUACACAGACGCAGCACAUAAGGAUCUAGUCACCACCACGGCCUGGCACGAUCUCCGCCAAAACAAGUCAUGGAGCCGCGAAACUAAGACCGCUGGAACGCCCGAGGAAGCCGAAGCCCAGGCGAUCCUUCACGCCCUGGAACACGUUACCCAAAGCCUGAACUCACCCGUGAAGACGGUGGACAUUUACACCGACGCCCAGGAAGCCAUACGAAGAUGCCGAAAGCACGACCCCAACAGCCCGACCACCCGGCGCAUUCUUGCACUCGCCAGGCGCCUCGAGAGCAAGAACGUUAAAACCACUGUACACUGGGUCCCCGGCCAUGCCGGAGUGCCGGGCAACGAGGCCGCUCACCGGUCCGCGGAAGCGCUAGCAACGUUUCUCCUUUCGCGGCCACGAAGUGUGGACUCCCUGCCCGGCACUUCAGCCUACUCUGGCAGGACCGACCCCAGGAAACAAGACGAGACAAGAGACCGGACCCUCUACGACCCUGAAGACGCAAUGAGAAAGGUCAGACAAGACUUAAAGAAGAGGCUCCUGGCCUCCCUCCCGCGCGAACCCGACCCCAUCCCGCUCGGCCGCUACUCCAGGAAGAAAAUGGUCCUUCUGCGCAGGAUCAGGACCGGCAGUGCCGUGACCCCUCACGACCGACGCAAGUGGGAACUGAGUGCUGGCAAGAUCGGCAGAAACAGACCGCCAGUGUUGACAGCCAGUCCGCCGGCCUCCCCGCCACAGCCGCAACAGAUGCAACGCCAACAUUCACUGGAACAGCCUGAGAUCUGUCCCUACUGCAAAGAAACCCUAAGUGCAAACCUGCACCACCUCGUGUGGGAGUGCGGUCACUUCACCAACGAAAGAAAGAAAGCGCUUAGUCUUCUUCCACCUGCAUCGAGGCCGUCCAACCUGGAAGGCUGGGCCCGGCCUGAGGGAGACUCGGCCAGAAUCGCACUGAUCCUGGACUCAUUGCUCCUGUACUUAGAAAACACGGGCCUGGAGUCGACGUUCUGAGCACGGCCGUUCCUUCA